GGAAUGUAGCAUGUAUGAGAGCGGAUGAGAGAGAGAGGAGUUCAGUUGCUAUCGAACCACCGAACGGAAUGGUUUAAUAAACGGUUAACAUUUUGUAAGAACUCUACAGUUUGGCGCAGCCGGUAGGAUCAUUUUUUUUCAGAAAGGUUUCGAUUGGUGAAUCUUAAUUGGUAUGCGGUUGGGGAUGGCAGUAUUCGAUUGAUUCUCAAAAGGAAGAAUUGAAUCAUUCCAUGUCUUGAGUUGUGGUCAUCUAGAUGACAUGUAGUGUGUACAGGAAGUGACUUAACAAAGGAUGAAGUGUGUAUUGGUAAUGAGGGAGCAUGCGGGUCCGGUUCAUAGCUGAAGCGCACACUCAAACAACGUUACAAGGGUGAGAAUUGUGUGGGUUUCACCAGAAGGACGAGUUUUAAUACUAAAAGAAGCGGGUCCGGUAGAAUGCCGAAGCGCACAGUAAAACACUUCCAUAAUGGUAAAGAUGUGUUGGUAACAAUGAGACAAAACGCGGGUCCGGUUCGAGCCGAAGCGCGCAAAGAGGUACCACUACUAUGGCAAAGUGGCUAUAUGGAUAGUAAUAGUAAAAGAACCGGAUCGGUAGAAUUCCGAAGCACACAAUAAAACACUAUCAUGGUUGUAAGGACAAAACGCGGGUCCGGUUUCAGACCGAAGCGCACAGUCAAAUACCACUACUAUGGCGAAGCGGCUAUUUGUAUAGUGAUCGUAAAAGAAGCGGGGCCGGUAGAAUUCCGAAGCGCACAGGAAAGACACUACCAUGAUGGUAAGGAUGUAUUGGUAAUACUGAGAUAAAACGCGGGUCCGGUUCAAGCCGAAGCGCACAGUCAAAUACCACUACUAUGGGAAAGUGGCUAUAUGGAUAGUAGUCGUAAAAGAAGCGGGACCGGUAGAAUUCCGAAGCGCACAGUUAAACACUACCAUGAUGGUAAGGGUGUGUUGGUAAUAUUGAUACAAAAUGCGGGUCCGGUUUUAGGCCGAAGCGCACAGCCAUAUUUCAUUAUUAUAACAGAGGUGUGUUUGGGUAACAAUCAGAAAAGGUUCGAAGCCGGUAAAAAAAAAAAAUGAAAAUCACCAAUACUACGAUGAGACAGUCGAUUGUUCCAAAUAAGUAUAUUUAAGAGACUGAUAUUUAGAAGCAUGUGUUCAGUCGUAUCGGAAGGUCGUAAAAGUGUGAUACAUAAUCAAAAAUCAAUUAAAGUGUGUUUUGGGAUACGUUAUAAUGUCUCAAGAAAAUAAAUAUCAUCUAGAGCCAUUCAACGAUGGGGUUAAUAGCUCUGGAUUACGUCGUGAGUGGGAGGAAUGGUUUCGGGCAUGCGAAAUCAUACUCGAGCUGCAACAAUUUCCGACGCAGCACGAAAAGCUAUUAUACAUGCUAGCUCGAGGUGGUAGAGGUCUGCAGAGAAUUUACCAUCAUUUGGCACCAGUAGAAGGAGAAAUCCAUCCAGGACCUACCAAAAUUCCGUUGGCUCCGGUAGAAGAACCCGAGUUUGAUAACGCUGUCAAGCGACUCAACGCGUUUUUUGUGGGAAAACGGAACGAACGAAUUGAGCUUGAAUUAUUUCGUUCAAUUCGACAGAAGCCCGAGGAGCCGUUCAAUUGUUACGUGUUACGAUUACGAACGCAGGCAGCAUGUUGCGAAUUCAAAGACCGCGAACAAAAGGAAAUACUGCAACAAAUUACUGUUGGUGCACGAGAUGAAAGAGUGCGGGAUAAAGGCUUAGAAGGCACUAUGGAGUUGGAUUCUCUUAUUAACUACGCAAUAAAUCGCGAAGUGCUUCUAAAACAAAAAGAAAAGACACAACGAUUCGGGGCUGAACCAGGAGAAGUGUCGCUCGUGAAACCAAUGGUAAUGCGAAAUGAAAGGCGUUUUGUACAACGAGACCAAUAUGUUCGUGGUGAGGAGCGGAACACCUAUCCUAAGUGUAAUCGGUGUGGAUCAUGGAGGCAUCAACGGGAAUCGAAAGAGUGUGCAGCACGAGGUGCGACGUGCCACAAUUGUGGAAAGGUUGGACAUUUCGCGAGAAAAUGCACAGCCGGCCGUGGCUCUACGGGAGAGAAACGAUUUUCUUGGAAGAGAAAGGAAGCUACCAACACUGUUCACGAUGGGAAACGGAAUUGGGAGGAUGAAGUCGAGGAAAAUCGUGAUUUUACGCCGAGAAAGGAUGAUGCUGACAAUGGAUUAAUCAUAGGAUUUGUUGAUCAACUUCCGGUGGAGUUUCUUAUCGAUUCCGGAGCAAUGAUAAACACGGUUACAGAAGGAGUUUGGGAACAAUUAAUAGCAACUAACGCAAAACUGUUCAAGAAGAAAUUUAAAUGUGAUCGACAAUUUACAGCGUAUGCGUCUCAAAAACCACUAAACGUUUUGGCCAUCUUUGAAUCUUGGAUUACAAUCAGUGAAACUAAGCCCAAAACAUAUGCGGAAUUCUUUGUAAUACAAGACGCUCGAAGAUGUCUACUAAGUAAACGAACUGCUGAAGAACUUAAAGUCCUAAAAGUGGGGCUAGAGGUUAACCGGAUAGCUACAAAAACCGGGAGUUUCCCCAAGUUUCCAAAUGUUCUGUUAAAACUUUCAAUCGACUACAGAGUUCCUCCCAGGAAAUUGGCAUAUCUAAGAAUCCCAAUGGCAAUGGAAGACAAAGUCAACAAGAAGCUACAAGAAAUGCUAGAUGCGGACAUCAUUGAGCCAGUAGCUGGUCCUGCUGAGUGGAUAUCGCCAAUGGUGGUGGUCCCAAAAGGAACUGACGAUAUUCGACUUUGUAUAAAUAUGCGGUACCCUAAUAAGGCGAUACAACGAGAACAUUAUCCACUUCCUCUCAUUGAUACCCUUCUCAACAAGAUGAAAGGAGCAAAGGUAUUUUCUAAGUUAGACAUCACAUCGGCAUACUAUCACGUAGAGCUUCACCCGGAUUCUAGGGAAAUAACAACUUUCAUGACAGGAAAGGGAUUAAUGCGAUUCAAGCGUCUAAUGUUUGGUAUUAACUGCGCGCCUGAAAUUUUCCAAAGGAUCAUGUGCGAAAUGCUAAGUGGAAUUGAAGGUGUCAUCAUAUAUAUAGACGACAUAGUUGUAUGGGGAACAAAUCAGAUAGAACACAACGAACGGCUUACAAAAGUUUUGUCCAUCUUGAAGGAAAAUAAUGCGUCGCUCAACAAGGCAAAAUGUCUUUUUGAGGUAAAGGAGCUAGAAAUCUUAGGAUUCAAAGUAAGCGCAGAUGGAAUAUGUCCAACAGAGGAUAAAAUAGCGGCUAUCAAUACCUUUCGAAUGCCGGAAACCAAAGAAGAAGUCAGAAGCUUCUUAGGACUGGUUAAUUUCGUGGGACAAUUUAUUCCACACUUAUCUUCGCGAACGGAAUCGUUACGAUGUUUUCUUAGAGGAGAAGUAGAUUCUUUUGGGUGUGAGCAGAAGAGCGCUUUCGAGGAUCUGCAGAAAGAACUUGCAAGCACUGUCCAUCGUCUAGGAUUCUUUGACCCAAAAGAUAGAACAGAACUAUACGUCGACGCAUCGCCUGUAGGUCUUGGGGCUGUUCUAACACAACGAGACAAUAUCGACAAAGCAAGAAUAAUAAGCUUCGCAUCAAAGGGACUCACAAAAACGGAGAAAGUUUACCCCCAAACCCAGCGAGAAGCGUUAGCCAUUGUUUGGGCGGUGGAAAAAUUUUAUCCAUACCUCUUUGGUAAACAUUUUACGGUUUUCACGGAUCAUAAAACACUCGAAUACAUAUUCAAUGCAAAAUAUCAAGAAGGACGACGAGCAUGUUCGCGCGCAGAAGCAUGGGCACUUCGACUUCAACCCUACGAUUUCUCAGUAGUGCACAUUCCGGGUACGAGCAAUAUUUCUGAUAUUUUAUCAAGACUAUGUCCUCAAUCGGACAAACCGUUUGAUGAAACGACGGAUCACUAUAUUUGUGAAAUCGGAGAAGGAAAUAUGGCCAUAACGCUAGAAGAAAUUAGACAGGAAACUGGACUAGACGAGACGCUGAAACAAGUUUGUCAAGCAAUUGAAAGUCAACAGUGGCCGCCGGAAUUAUACGCCUACCAGGCUUUCUCAAAGGAAUUAGGAGUAUCUAAUAAUGUCGUAGUUAGAGAAGACAGAAUCAUAUUGCCCUCAAAGCUGAGACAACGAGCUCUGGAUAUAGCCCAUCGUGGCCACCCGGGAAUUGUAGCGAUGAAACGGAAUCUUCGAGAAAAAGUUUGGUGGCCACAUAUGGACCGAGAUAUUGAAAAUCGCGCUCAAGAGUGUGCCGGAUGUGCUCUAGUAAGCCGACAAGGACCACCAGAGCCUAUGCAACGGAAGGAAAUGCCAGCUCGACCGUGGCAGGAGUUGGCUAUGGAUUUCUUUACAGCCAAGGAAUGCGGCACAUUUCUGGUGGUAGUCGAUUAUUUUAGUCGGUUCCUUACAGUAACGGAAAUGAAUUCUACUAGUGCAGCCAAAACUAUUAAUUGUCUUGAGAUUAUUUUUAGACAUCACACGUACCCGGAGACAAUUCGAUCGGACAAUGGACCACCUUUUGCGAGCGAAGAGUUUUCGGAUUAUUGCCGGAGUAGGAACAUACGUCUUGUUCGGACCAUCCCGUACUGGCCUCAAAUGAAUGGACUCGUGGAACGACAGAACCAAGGGAUAUUACGAACUUUGCGGAUUGCCAAGGCGCUAAAACAAGAUUGGAGAAAAGCAUUAGAAGAGUAUGUGUACGCAUACAAUACAGCACCGCAUUCCGUGACUAACAAAUCGCCAAUGGAGCUUUUAACGGGAAGGCCGGUAAAAGAUCUUCUACCGUCUUUAAGAACAGAUCCGUUUUGGAAUCGGGAUGAGGGAGUAAGCGAUAGGGAUAGGAUAAAGAAAAUGCAUGGAAAGCUGUACGCGGAUAAAAGAAGACAUGCAAAGCAUUCAGAGUUAGUCGUCGGUGAUGAUGUAAUGAUUAGGAACUACGAAGCGGGGAAAAUUCAACCAAAAUUUUGCUCAGAGAAAUUUAAAGUUGUUAAAUUAAGCGGAAGCGACGUAACUGUACAAAGCAGAGAUGGAGUUGAAUAUCGGCGACCGGUGGCACAUUUAAAGAAAUGGCCUACAGCGGACGAUAAAAACUAUACUUUUAAAAGAUUAGACAAAGAUGAGGGAACAAUCACGGAUACAAAAGAGAGCCCGAAUGAUAGAAAGGAAAGCAAAUCGCCACCAGCAAAACGAUUCAAAAGGUCGAUUAGGUUGCCUGCUAGAUAUCAAACUUAAUUCAAAAUUUUAUUAUUUUUUUUCGCAAAUUACGUAAUCAAAACUAUUCACUUCUUUGGGGCAGGUAAAGGAUGUAGGAAUGUAGCAUGUAUGAGAGCGGAUGAGAGAGAGAGGAGUUCAGUUGCUAUCGAACCACCGAACGGAAUGGUUUAAUAAACGGUUAACAUUUUGUAAGAACUCUACA